GAGAGAGAAGUGGGGGUUUUGUCGGGAAGAUUUUGGGAAACGCGAGAGAGAGAGAGAGAGAGAGAGUUCCGCGCAAACAACAACAACUAAACUUGUCCAAAGCUCUCGGUGGGACUGACGGGAUCGUUACGAUCAUCUUGUUCUUCUAAAUCAUCUAGACUGCUUAAUUUUUUCUUAUUUUUUAAUUUCUUUUGGCCACAAUGUGCUGGAGUGUGACAGGUAUUAUUUUGGUACUGAGUCUAUCAGCAGUACGCUCGUGUUUGAUAAUCAGCGAAGUGAAUUGCGAUAAUCCCAGCGUUGACACCAGCGAAUUUGUAGAGUUGUUUGCACUUAGCGGUGGCUCCACCUCUUUGAAUGGCCACACCCUCGUUUUCUAUAAUGGCAAUGGCAACGUGGCGUACCGUGUCGUGGACCUGAGCGGGCACAGCACGGACGAAAAAGGAUUUUUUCUCAUCGGCUCAGCUGGGCUUAAGCCAUCGCCGGCCAUCCAACUUCCUUCAAACUCGGUCCAGAAUGGCCCCGAUGCCAUCGUCCUGUACGGCCCGUCCUGGGUUCCUGUAGCUGAGAAAGGCAACGUCUCUGCUAUCGGCCUGCUGGAUGCCGUAGUCUACACGUCUCGCCGGGCACAAGGCACUGCAGAUACGUUGUCGCGCAUUCUUACACCUGGUUCUGCCCCGUAUAUUGAGGAUGAUCAAUUUUCAGUGGGAGAUGAGUCAAUCCAGAGGUGUUGGCUUUCUGAUAACUACUACAGCUUUCAAAAUGCCGCACCCACCCCGGGACAGCCAAAUAUCUGCCCACCAGCAAAUCCUGGACACUUGUGGAUUAACAGGAUCCAGUUGAGUGGAAGGGUCCUCACUGGACCUGUAGACAUCAGCGUUGGAACAGAAAGAGGCCCGAUGACUGUAGUGGUGUAUGACGUGCAGACGAACAACGUGAAGACCAGCGUAGGAUUUGAAGCCAGCAAACCUGAGAAUGUCUCUGUAGCUCUGGACACAACCGCUUUGUCAGAUAUAGACAGCUGGGCGUUGGCGGUGUACCAGGGAAAGGUUGAAGAUUUCCAAAAAGGCAGCCCACUCACUCAAGUUGAGCCGCUUGAUGCCUUCGUCUGCAGCGGACUUGCUAACGCACCAAGCGCACUUCUCACCGAGACUCUCAUACCAGGCAGGAAAGCCUUCAAGUUCGACAGCAGGAUUUCAGCAGGCAACGGUUAUGUCACGCGGUGUGGUACGGCUCACUGGGCGAGAGACCCUGGCGUAUUUCAGCAUCAGAUACAGAGCCCAAGCGAGUCCAGUCACUGCAACUGGUAUAGCACCUGCCCUUACAGCACUGCUGUCAACUCGACAGAGGAACCGUUCGAGCCGUGGUCAGGUGUCGAUGGCGACUUCCUGAUCAGCGAGGUGAACACAGACUUGCCAGGUGCAGCGGAAGAUGAGGAGUUUAUAGAACUCUGGCAUCCGUCGGGUCACCGGACUUCACUCAAUGGCAUCUGGGUCCUGCUGAUCAACGGCAACGAUGGGAAAAUUUACCGCGAAAUCGAACUUGACGGAUACUACACGGACAAUCAAGGCUACUUCCUAAUCGGCAGCGAGAAGCUCAAACCGCACAUCGCCCUGCCAGCAAACACGAUCCAAAACGGCCCGGACGCCAUAGCCAUUUACCGCUCGACGUCGCCGCCCUCCAUCGAGGGAGCCCUUGUUCCCAAGAAUGGGCUUCUGGAUGGCAUGGUGUAUCGAGGCCGUAGUUCUGACCGAGGCUUGGACGCUCUGACCAAAGCCCUGACGCCAGGACAGAUCCCCCUGCUGGAAAACACCACAUCACUUCAAGAGGAUAAAAGUCUUAGUCGAUGUGCACUAAAACGUCUCAACCUGUCCUCUUUUAGGGUCACCUCUCCGACACCCAUGAAAGACAACGAUUGUCCCCGCCCCCCUAAAGAUCUAAAAAUUAACGAGGUGGGCGGAGUCUUAAGAGGUACCUUCUUUGUCGAACUGAUUGGCCCACCUUUGACCUCUUUGGACGGAUUGGUCGUAGUGCUGUAUAGUGUAGAGGAGCUCAGCACCAUUAGACACGUCGUUCCGCUAGAAGGAAUGCUGAAAAGUAAUGGUUUCUUCCUAAUGAGCAACGAUUCUAGAGCUGAUCAGAGUUUGCCUGCUGUAAAGUCUCUCGGCGCCGUCUGGUUGUGUUACGGCCUGCCGACUGUAUGUAGCAAUCAAUCGAAAGUUCAGGACCUGUUAGUGCUCUCCAAUAGUUCAAGCCUGCAACCUUUCCUUCAUGGUGUUAACUAUCGGGUUGUGCGCCCAGUGGCCAGUUUUGACUCUCUCUCGCGCUGUGCACUAAACCAAUCCUCCACCUGGACCGCUUCCAACUCAACGCCGCUUACCUCAAAUUUAUGCCCAAACUCGUCCUACACCGUAAACAUGGACCUAUGUCUGCAGGCGGAUUCUGGUUCUCACAUUACAUGUUCAGCUGAGGGAUUUGCGGAGCUGCUGGAGCGUACCUGUCAGUGUGGAAUCUCCGGUGCCCAUCUUGCAGGUGUGAAUUUAACCUGCAUAUCCGACAGCAUUUACGCUGAAGGUACUGUAUUUACGCUGUCCUAUCAGCAGAGGGAGCGUGUGGACCAGACACUGCAGAAAACACACACACACUCCUGCGGUGUAGUCCAGGAACGACUGUACAAUAAAGAGUCUGCGCUGGGGCUGCAGGUGGGCCUGGUGUUAACGGUGGUGCUGCUGUGUGCACUGGGAGGAGCCAUCUUCCUCUACCUGUACAAAAAAAAACGGCCUCAAGACUACUAUUCAAUGGAGCUGAAUGAACAUGACUCACCCGUAGAUCUUUAGCAUUUGUGUGUAUGGGGGCGUGCGCUGUAUGUUGUCUGUGGAUUUUAAAGGAAGUCUAUUUUUAUGAUGUGUAAUUCAUUUUUUUUUAUUGAGAUAACAUAAAGGUACAGUAGAUAUUUUGUAGUUUACAUGAAAAAAAAACACGUUUUUUAUGCUCUUUAAUAGAAUAUUCUGUUUAUUGUUCCUUUAAAUCUGGGAACUGAAGUUGGUUAGGAUAAUAAAGGUUUAGUCAGUAGUGUGUUAAAAAAAAGUUUUUUUUUAUAGAUCUGUAUAGAUAAGAUUUUAUAAUCUUUAUUUUUGCUUACCUUAAAAAAAAGACAAUCUUUGAUGUUGCAUGCAAGGUACAUACGUGGAAGGUGUUUAUGGUUUCCACAUAAUGCAUGUAAUGUUAAGUACGAAUAAAUUGUAUUUGUUGGUACAUUUUGGAAGAAAACACUUCAGGCUGCACAGUUGUUGAAAAAUAAUCAACUUUUGGGAUGGUAGCAUUACCUCCACUUCUGUUCUUUAUUAUUUUUCUAUAAAAGUGUUUUUAUUAUUUUGGGAAACCACUACUAAUGGGUGUUAUUGAUUUUAGAAAAUGUAUGGUCAUAGUUCUCUUCAUGUUCCUGAAUUAGCAUUUUUUACACAUUUCCUCAUUAAACAACUCACAACUGCUCACUUCUCAUGACACUUUUUUUUAAUUGUUGGUGCAAAUGCCAUAUUUUACACUAUGGAAAGGGAAUUUUUGGAAAUAUAGUCGUAUUAAAUGUAGACAUUUGUAUAUAAAUAUGUAUAGUUGCUGUUUCAUCAAACUUCAGCAGUUCAGAGUUUAAAGCAGAAAAGUCACAUAAAGUAAAAUCUAGUUUGUAAGUGUUUGAUUUACUGAACCUAAAUUCAUUCUCACUGAUUUUUUUUUCUUGAUUUUUAUUUCUAUGUUUUUGUACUUACAUUUAAAAAAAAAUUAA